AUGGGCAGCCAAGCAACCAAGGUACGGGAAGCGAAAGAAAGCCGCUCGGAUGUUCACAUAUGAGGCGACACACGUGCAUUCACUGAUUUGAUUUCCGUGAUGUGUCUGUCGCGGGUGUGCAGAUGUCGGGUGCUGCUGCUGCUGGAGGUGGUGGAGGCUCUGUGGCUGACGAGCCAUCCUCGUCGGCUGCGUCUGCCGCCAAUGGUAACCAACACGUUCGCUGCAGAAGGACACGACAAUGCCGGCACACAGCUGUCUGUCUGUCUGUCUGUGUGGCGUUUUGCAGGUGCGGCCAGGGCAUCGUCGGCGAACCAGCAGCAGCAUCAGCGCACCAUCGAUGCCUCUCAUGUGCCGCAAGAUCUCGCCCCGACGGUUGCCGAGUGCGUCAGGAGUUACUCACAGCUGGAGGCCCUCAUCGACGCCCAUCCCACCCAAUUCACCGCCGCCGUCCUCCUGCCCAUUCUCACCCGGCUGCUGCCCGGCGUGGUGGCCGCCAUCUUUGGUGGCAUGGUUGAGGUGCCAUUGCCCCAGCUGGCCCUGGAAGUGGCUGCUUCGAUGACUUCCCCUCAUCGCAGCGCCGUAAGUCGCGCCCUCCUGCUUCUCGCGAUGCGUCUGCUGGGUGUGCUACUGCCCAUUGUCGGCCUCGGCUCAUUUCUGAUGCGCAUCAUCCCCCAGCUGCCCCUCCCUCAGUCACUCAGCCACGGCUGCCGCAUCGCAGUUGCCAUCGAGCGGCUGACCCGCCGGCUGAAGAGGCUCGAGAGGGGCGGCGAUUGGGCGAGGUGGAAGCCGCAUUUGGAGAUGCUUUAUCUACUGAGAGGCAAGAGGCCUGUGGUGUUGGGCGAUGAGCAUUUCGACGCGUUUAGCAGCUGGGCGGCCAUUAUCGGCGAGAGGGAGGCCGUGCGGCAGUGGAAGGUACUCAGCCGGGGGGUCACUGUCGACCACAACGGCCAACAGAGACAGCUGAUGGACGGCGACGGCAUCCUCUUCGACCUGAGCUACUAUGUUCCCGCCCUCCUGGCCUCUGCCAGCCGUCUCUUCCCUCACCACACAUUCGACCCCGCCGACCCGCCCACAGAGCUGGGCUCCGCGACGUACCCCAGCUACACAUCAAUGGUGGCAUUCGAGCUGUUCUUCCGGCUUCGUGACGGCCACUUCCCCCGUUACAUCAGAGAAUUCCAGUCUCAUCGUUCUGCUUCUGCUGCAUCUCAGCGUGUGUGUGAGCUGCUGGCGGCCUCUCCCAGCGAUGAGACACAGUGGGGGGCGGGGGCGAUCGUGUUUGACAAGCAGUACUCUGACGGAGGGGGGCAGGUACGGCGGGUGGUGUUUGGGAGUGAGGUGAUAGGCGAGGGGCACAUGGUGGCCAUUCAGCUGUGCGAGUGGGGUCAUUCUCGUGAUGUCAUUACAUACUCAACCGAGUCGGCCCCCCACGACAAGACGCGCAAUGUCGUGAUGAGAGUGAUGGGGGAGCACCUGGAGGGAAAGGUGUGGCGGGGGGAGAGGGAGCGGUGAGAUGGUGGUGUGGUUGAGGGCAGUGUACAGGAUGUCAUUUUCAAGCAGCAGACAGACAGACAGACAGACAGCAAGGCAGGCAAUGGGUUUUGUCUCUCUGCUUGUCUGCAGACCAGACGAUGUCUACCUUUUCUUCUCUCUGUCUUGCUUUUCUUCUUGUGCGCACGAGUAGGAGAGAAAGGCCGAUUCUUGUGCAUGGUGUCUGCUGUGAGUGGACGGCUGCUGUGGUGUGGGUGAGUGACCGCUAGGCUUCAAAUAUAUUAAAGACUGCUCAAUGAAGUAAGAGUUUCUGCCCAUUGGGUGGGCCGAUC